CAUGACAUUAUUAUAAAAAUCAGUGAUGCACGAUUGAUUUGCUUGGUAAAAAAUCAUGGAAGAUACAGCGACAAUCGUGCUUGAUUCCACGGUGAGAAGUCAAAAUUCGAGUCAUUCGAAGGAAUCGAAGGAUUCUGUGAAUUCGGAACUGAAACCAGAGAGUUAUCUGGAAUCAAAACACUCAAAAGAUGUCCUUAUCCCGGAAAAGCAACAGCUGCAACAACAACAUCAGUUAUCAAGGCGUUCGGAAAAUCAGCAGGAUCUGCGAGUGACUUCCGAAGCCAAAGAUGACUCAAAUCUGCUCAUGUUCACAUCUUGUGGACAAUUGCUGCUUGGUGUUGUCUUAGUCGUCUUUGGUAUCCUGGUGCUCGUCCAUGGUGCUUCUUUGGGCGGAUCUGGUGCAGGACUCUGGGCAGGUGCAGCCGCUCUAGUUGCUGGUGCACUAGGAGUGGUUGCAACAUUAGCGGCCUCGUCUACUAAAACAAAUUCUGCCUUUUCAUCCGCUCAUCUUGCGUCCAGUUUGAUCGCACUUGCUCUCUCAAACAUGGCCACUAUAACAGCAUUAACGGCGGUCGUCAGGGAUUCACAGAGGGCACCAGACGUGUCAUUUCUUAGCCUUUCGGGUAAUGAUAGCAAUGUGAUGGAAGUAGAUAACGGCUUGGCGGGUUUGUUAGCGAGCAUUGGCCUAUUAGUGGCUAGCGUGGCAGAGCUAUUAGUAUCCGGUUAUAGUUGUUUGACCUUGACACCGAAGUUAUGUGGCUGCCUGCGAGCGAAUACUACCGAUGAGAUGGUGAUUGACGGUCAUCUGAAGACGAGUAAUAUGGUUCACCAGUGGGUUGUCACGCAAAAUCAUAUGCCAACUAAAAACCAACAACCACCUGUUUACUUAGUGCACCCGAUGCCAGUGCCAAUACAUCCAAUGAUUCAGCCACCAUACGGUAUGCCAUCGACACCCGGAGGAUUUGUAUCUGCUAGAUCUCUUCCACCGAUGCCAUAUGGUGCUAUGCCUAUGUUAUCUCAUAUGCCUCCGUAUCCUGGACGGCCGCAAUCUCAGAUGUUCCGAUCAAAACACAAACGUCAGCCGUUCGCAGAUCAGGAAGAAACAAAAAGGCAUACUGAAGUUAAAAAUGAAUCUCCAAAGAUGAUCAACGAAGAUCAAGUUGAUUUGGCUCAGACUUACACGGGAUUAGACAAAAGAAUUUCCGAGGAAUUUAUUUCAAUCGCGAUGGAUCCAGAUAGAAAAUCAAAAGUUUCUAGCUGUCAUGGCAGUGAAAUUGGAACUGCAAAAACUUUUUGA